AUGCCGAAAUCAGCGAAUGGUUAUAUAAUCUUUUAUUCUUUUUAUAAAAAGAUACUAGAUGAAGAAUUCCCAAAAUUAUCGCCUAAAGAGAAAGCCGUUAAAGCAGGAGAGAUCUGGAAUUCUUCAUCGAAUGAUUUUAAAAACUCUUUCAUUCUAUACGCCGACAAUCAAAGAAUUAUUAAAUCUAUCGCUUCACAAACGCAACAACCGGUAAUUCUUCCUCAAUAUAACUCGAUGGAUGAAUUAAAAAUAAUUUUUGAUGAUAACUGCCGUAAUAACAGGAAAAUCGCUAAUAACAAUCAUUUGAAUAAAAAUCAUGAAAAUAUUUCGCCUGCAUCACAUAAAAAUGAAGAUAAUAGAAUAGCUGAUGAAAUGUUUAAAUUAUACAUUAAUGAAGACGCAUUUCAGUAA